AUGGCCCUGCAACCCUCCCUUCGUCCCUUGAUCAUCAUCGGCAAACAAGAGGCACCGCACACUCUCGAAUUCUAUCUGGAUUAUGUCUGUCCCUUCAGCGCCAAGAUCUCCCGUGUUAUCGACGGCGUGUUGAAGCCCCUCUUCGAGAUAGGAGGCAAGUACGACGGCAAGGUCAAGGUCAUCUUCCGGCCCCAGGUGCAGCCAUGGCACGCCACCUCCACGUUUGUGCAUGAAGCCGGUCUCGCGGUCGCACGGGUUUCUCCCCAUAACUUCUGGCCCUUCUCGCUCGCGCUCUUCAAGCGCCAGGAGGAAUACUUUGAUAUCCCCGCCUCCACUCUGACACCCCUUCAGAUUCGCGAGAAGCUCGCCGCGCUCGCGAGUGAGGUGAUCGGGUCCAGUGCAGCAGGCGAUUUCGCCGGGCUGCUGAAGCUCAAGACGACGCCGAACGGAGGCACAGGCGUCACCGACGACCUCAAGUACACCGUCAAAGUGAGCCGUCAGAAUGGCAUUCAUGUCUCUCCUUCCGCGGUCUGGGAUGGCGUGCUGGCCAAUGAGGUCUCGAGCUCAUGGGGCGAGAAGGAGUGGAAUGAUUGGCUUGCAAACAAGGUGACUGCCUGA